GGCGAGUUUGUCUUCGCGUCGAAGACGAAGAAGCCGCCGACAACCCACAGCUGGGCGGGAAGCGAGACCGAUCCGGUGGGUUUUGUCCAAAUGGGGCAGAACGGCAAAUCCCAAAAACGUACGACCGCGAAGCUGAGUUUUAUGAAAAAAAAGCGCAAUCCGAUGUGUGAUUUUAAAAUCUUCGAUGAAUGUGUGGAGAGUUGCAAGAACUCCAACUCUGACCUGAGCAACGUAAGCGAUGGAACACAAGCAAGCUGCAUUAAAGAGGUCUGCGUGGGCC